AUGGAGGGCUUAAUUCCUAUGGUUUUUAAGGCCAUUAAGAAAAACAAAAGUAGCCGUAGAAGAUACAAGUGUCUUUCAAUGGGUGCUGCCCCAAUGCCCAAAACUCAACAUAUCAUUGAUUUAUGUUGUCAAGGAGAUCAUCAUGAAGAAAAUGUCAAGGUUGAUGUCCCUUCGUCCGAGAUCACACAUGGUGAGAUUGAUGUAACAAGAAAUGGGCAUCGACGAUUUGGUUCUGCCAUAGAAUUUGGGGUUAACUAUGAGUAUAAGUUCAACCACAUGGCAAAUGAUUUUGGUAGGACUUCUAGCUCUGGUCGUAAACAAAUAAUUCAAAGAUACGAUAAUAAUAAUAAUAAUGGAUAUGAGAAUUAUAAGUUGUUCUCUUGUUUUACAGGUGCUAUCUACUCAUAA